CUGUGCUGUGCUGCGUUGGGCUAUGCUGUGCUGUGCUGGGCAAAGCUGUAGUUGGACAGUCCACCAAAAGUUUGUCGUGCGUUAGCAAGCAUAAUAUGAUCUUAUAAAUUAUUAAUCUUUUAAUUAUGUUUAAUAAUAUAGAAAUUGAAAAGAAUCUUUUUGAUUUAAGUUCAGAAGAGGAUGAUUCCGAAGAUGAGCAUACAAAUAAUUUAUUAAGUUGUAUGCUUAUGGCGGAUAAAAGAAAACACAGAUUUUGGAUAUCAAAUCAUUUAGUAGAGCGAAAACAAUUUGGCGAAUUUCAUAAAUUAAUUCCAGUGUUAAGUGAUGAGCAGUUUAAAAAUUACUUUAGGCUUUCUAGAGCUCAGUUUGUGGAAAUUCAUGAAUUAAUAAGAUUUGAAAUUAUAAAGCUUAAUACGAACUACCGAGAAAGUGUCACAACAGAGGAGCGUUUGGGUGUAUGUUUAAGAUUUCUAGCGACGGGCGAUUCCUACAAAACAAUUGGAUAUAGUUUCCGUUUAGGAGAAAGAACUGUCUCAAAGAUAGUUAAUGAAGUUUGUUCAUCCCUUUGGUCCCAGUUGCAACCGACAUUCAUGAAAAUGCCCGACCAAGAGUCUUGGAAAGCCUAUGAAUUGGAAUUUAGAGAACGAUGGCAGUUUCCAAAAUGUGUCGGUGCUAUAGACGGCAAGCAUGUGGUUAUAAAAGCCCCACCGAAUUCAGGUUCAUCGUUUUUUAACUACAAGAAAACUUUUUCUGUAGUAUUGAUGGCCAUAGCAAGUGCCAAUUAUCAACUGAUUGCAGUCGACAUUGGGUCAUCAGGCAGAUUUAGUGACGGGGGAAUAUUUGCUGAUAGUCCUAUUGGGCGAAGGUUAAAAACAAAUUCGUUUAAUUUUCCUGAACCUAGUCUCAUGGAAAAUUAUAAUGAAUAUAAUUUUCCCUUCGUAUUAGUCGGAGAUGAGGCAUUUCCGCUCAUGGUAAAUCUAAUGAGACCAUUUCCAAGACGAUCUUUAAAUAAAGAAAAUCGUGUUUUUAAUUAUCGCUUGAGCAGAGCUAGACGAGUUAUAGAAAAUACUUUCGGUAUAUUGGCAGCAAGAUUUCGAAUCUAUAAACGUCCAUUGGAAUGCAAAUUGGAGAGUAUAGAUAGCAUAAUUAAAGCGACCUGUGUUCUACAUAAUUAUUUAGGCACUAGGGAAGGUAGAUCGCCUAAUAUAAAUGAAGAACAAUUAGGAAAAAGUUUGCCUGAAAAUCAGUGGUUGCCAUUAGCACAUAGAGGUGUAAGAGCAACAGCUGAAUCUUUUGCCAUAAGGCAGAACUUUUGUAACUACUUUAACUCUGACACAGGAAGGAUUCCGUGGCAAGAUAAAAUUAUGUAAAUAACCAGGAGUAAUAAAACAAAUUGUCGUACGUUUUGUAUUUAUUUUAAGUAUCCUGUACCAAAUUUCUUGAAUAAAUGGUUCUUUUCGAGUUAAAAUAAAGAAUAAAUAAAAAUAAAUAUUAAAAUUUAACACCCUAUACCUUAGUAACCAUUUACUUUAGGUAAGUAUGGAAUAUAGAUAAAUAAUAUAGGUAUACAGGGUGUUUUACGUAACCACACUACUGUAAACUACACCCCUACUCGCUUAUUUUGAAUGAAACAGCCUAAUAUUGUUACUUUUUUGGAUUUCACAUUUCACACUAGAUUCUAAAAACUUUAAUGUAUCACACUUUUAUCUUUAUCCAACUGUUUUUAAAAUACAGGAUGCCAAAUAAAUAAUAUAGUGACUUUUACGACUUUAUGGGACUCUAGAGCUAAUUCUGUUAAAAGAUGGAGUGAAAUAAAGUUCAUUUUUCUAUCUUAACUUUUUCGGACCAAUCUGUGUGAUUUUUUAAUUUUGUGUUUAAUUUUGUUUUUAAUUUUUAAUUCUGUGUGAAUUUGUGUGAUUUUAAUUUUAUUUAUUUAAACUUACCGUCUGUUAUAUUGCACUUUUUUGAGACUUCUUCCCAGACAAUAUCACGUGCGUCUUGACUUUUAUAGUUCUUUUCAUCUACUUUCCAUAGGCAAGGAUUUAAUCUCACAGUUUCAAUGAAUUGUUCCAUUUUUAUCGUAAUUAAUAAAAAAAAAACAAAACGAGUUUGCCCGUCUCCGCACAGCGUCAAUCGAACACAAAGCGAAGUCAUGCGGCCCCGCACGACAUAGCUUGUCUCGCCGCACAGCGCCCCAGCUUUAGUGGACGGUACUUCAUAAGAAUGCAUUGGCAACCCAGCACCGCUCAACGCCGCUCCACCCAGCACAGCACAGCACCGCUUUCGGUGGACG